AUGAAGGGAAUAUCUUAUCGGGGUAAUCGUAUUUGUUUCGGAAGAUAUGCUCUUCAGGCACUUGAACCCGCUUGGAUCACGUCUAGACAAAUAGAAGCCGGGCGACGAGCAAUGACACGAAAUGCACGUCGCGGUGGAAAAAUAUGGGUCCGCGUUUUUCCUGACAAACCUGUUACAGUAAGACCCGCAGAAACCCGUAUGGGUUCGGGGAAAGGAUCUCCCGAAUAUUGGGUAGCUGUUGUCAAACCAGGUCGAAUACUUUAUGAAAUAAGCGGAGUAGCAGAAAAUGUAGCCCGAAGAGCUAUCACAAUAGCGGCAUCAAAAAUGCCUAUACGAACUCAAUUCAUUAUUUCAGGAUAAGAAUAUAGAACUAAAGGAAAUGGAUCUUUUGGAUAACACCAAGUGGAAGUUUUUUUGGACAAACAAUAUUUCUUUUUCACCUUUUGCAUUUAGUUUUGCAUUGAAAGAACAGAUAAAAAUAAAAUAUGAUUCAACCUCAGACCCUUUUGAAUGUAGCAGACAACAGCGGGGCUCGAGAAUUGAUGUGUAUUCGAAUCAUAGGAGCUAGCAAUCGUCGAUAUGCUCGUAUUGGUGACGUUAUUGUUGCUGUGAUCAAAGAAGCAAUACCUAAUACGCCCUUAGAAAGAUCCGAAGUGAUCAGAGCUGUAAUUGUACGUACCUGUAAAGAACUCAAACGCGACAACGGCAUGAUAAUACGAUAUGAUGACAAUGCCGCAGUUAUUAUUGAUCAAGAAGGAAAUCCAAAGGGAACUCGAAUUUUUGGUGCGAUUGCCCGGGAAUUGAGACAAAAAUUUACUAAAAUAGUUUCAUUAGCUCCUGAGGUAUUAUAAAAUGAUAAUCUAAGGCAUUUGAAUGAAUUUCAAUCAUAGUAGAUUGUGUAUCACGUAUAUACCUUUCAUUUUAAAUUUUUUCAUUUUUUAAUUAAAAAGAAACUAAUAACAUGUUGAUUAUAUCAAAUUUUUGGGACACCACCGAUUUUAGUUCAUUAUGGGUAGGGACACUAUUGCUGAUAUAAUAACUUCUAUACGAAAUGCUGACAUGAAUAGAAAAGGAACGGUUCGAAUAGUAUCUACUAACAUCACCGAAAACAUUGUUAAAAUACUUUUACGAGAAGGUUUCAUUGAAAAUGCGAGAAAACAUCAAGAAAGAGAUAAAACUUUUUUGGUUUUAACGCUGCGACAUAGAAGAAAUAAGAAAGGGGCUUAUAGAAAUACUUUCUAUUUAAAAAGGAUCAGUCGACCUGGUCUACGAAUCUAUUCUAACUAUCAACGAAUUCCUAGAAUUUUAGGUGGAAUGGGGAUUGCAAUUCUUUCUACCUCUCGAGGUAUAAUGACGGAUCGGGAAGCUCGACUAGAAGGAAUUGGCGGAGAAAUUUUAUGUUAUAUAUGGUAAUCCCUAGAAUAUUAAUAUCCGAAUUGGAUCCAAUAUUUCCUAUUUGGGAACAAAAAAAGAAAAAAAAAGGCUUGUCUAAUAUCACUCCUCUAUUAGUUGAUACUUUAAGGGGGUUUUAUCUGAAAUGAAAGAACAAAAAUGGAUUCAUGAAGGUUUGAUUACUGAAUCACUUCCUAAUGGUAUGUUCUGGGUUCGUUUAGAUAAUGAAGAUCUGAUUCUAGGUUAUGUUUCGGGAAGGAUACGACGUAGUUCUAUACGAAUCCUACCGGGAGAUAGAGUUAAGAUUGAAGUAAGCCGUUAUGAUUCAACCAGAGGUCGUAUAAUUUAUAGACUCCGCAACAAAGAUUCAAACGAUUAAGCCGUUUUUCAACAUUCCUUAUUCCUUUCUACAAAAAUAGAAUUCAAGGUUCAAAAUAUCACGAAACUUAUUUUCUUCCAAAAAAUAGAUUCAAAAUUAAAA